AUGGCGUUGGUGAAAAGAAAGUCAAUUGAGAGAGACAAAGAGAACGAGAGAGGGUCAGGGGAGGAGCGAGAAAACGAGGUGAGGAGGGAGGAAGAGAGCAGAGUCUUGGAGUCAGGUAAGGGGCGAGCGCAGGAACUAGUGGGCCAGCUUGGGCUGGAUUUAGGGCCGUCCACGGGUGACGAAGGCCAGGCGGGAGGUGGGGAGAGGCUUCCAGGGCUUCCAGUGCUUCAGGCUCCGUGGGCUCUAGGGGGGGCUGAUGGGGUACCAGGUGGGGGUGUCCGGGGGUUUGUUGGCCCGUGGUAG